AUGUCCACUGUGAUAGCUCAGUCGCUGCAUGUUUUUGGUCUUCGAUCCCACGUGUCCAACAAUGUGUUCUUCUUCGAUGAACAGAUCAUUAUAUUUCCUUCAGGAAAUCACUGUGUGAAGUACAAUGUGGAUCAGAAGUGGCAAAAAUUCAUUCCAGGCUCAGACAAGAGUCAGGGCAUGUUGGCCUUGUCCAUCAGUCCCAAUCGGCGAUACCUCGCUAUCUCCGAGACUGUGCAAGAAAAACCCGUCAUCACCAUUUAUGAACUGUCCGCCGUUCCUUGCCGAAAGCGCAAAGUCCUUAAUAAUUUUGACUUCCCAGUUCAGAAGUUCAUUUGCAUGGCUUUUUCUCCAGACUCCAAAUACCUCUUGACCCAGACCUCACCUCCAGAGUCAAACCUUGUUUAUUGGCUGUGGGAAAAACAGAAAGUAAUGGCCAUCGUUAGAACUGAUACUCAGAACAAUGCUGUCUACCAGGUGAGCUUCAAUCCCCAGGAUAACACUCAGAUUUGUGUCACUGGAAAUGGGAUGUUUAAGCUUCUCCGUUUUGCUGAGGGAACCUUGAAGCAAACUAAUUUUCAGAGGGGAGAACCCCAAAACUAUCUUGCCCACACUUGGGUGUCUGAUGACAAGAUUGUUGCUGGCACUGAUACAGGCAGGCUCUUCCUCUUUGAGUCUGGAGAUCAACGCUGGGAGACAAGUAUCAUGGUCAGGGAGCCCACCAGCGAGAUGAAGAACCUGGGGGUGAUCCAGGAAUCCGAGAGCCUGAUCGAAUUUCCAACAAUCACCUCCCCAGUCCCUUCCUACAAGCAGGUCGUGAUGGCCAGUAGCCACCACCAGCUGUCCCUGCCCCAGGUAUCUGCCAUCGCAGCCUAUUCCAAGGGAUUUGCCUGCUCUGCUGGGCCAGGGAGAGUUCUACUGUUUGAGAAGAUAGAAGAGAAGGAGUUUUACCGUGAGAGCAGGGAAAUCCGGAUUCCUGUGGACCCACAGAGCAAUGACCCGAGUCAGUCAGACAAACAGGACGUGCUCUGCAUGUGCUUCAGCCCCUCUGAGGAAACGCUGAUCGCCAGCACCAGCAAGAACCAGCUCUACAGCAUCACCAUGUCCCUGAUGGAGAUCAGCAAGGGGGAGCCUGCCCACUUUGAGUAUCUGAUGUACCCGUUACACUCAGCAUCCAUCACUGGUCUAGCUACUUGCAUCCGCAAACCCCUCAUUGCCACCUGCUCUGUGGAUCGGUCUGUUCGCAUCUGGAAUUACGAAUCAAACACCCUGGAACUAUUUAAGGAAUACCAAGAAGAAGCUUAUACAAUCAGCCUUCACCCAUCUGGACACUACGUUGUCGUAGGGUUUGCUGACAAACUACGCCUUAUGAAUCUACUCAUUGAUGAUAUACGUUCUUUCAAAGAAUACUCUGUCAGAGGGUGCAAAGAGUGUUGCUUUAGCAAUGGAGGUCACCUGUUUGCUGCAGUCAAUGGGAAUGUGAUUCACAUUUUUUCCACCACCAGCCUGGAGAACAUCUCGAAUCUGAAAGGACACACAGGGAAGAUUCGUUCAGUUGCAUGGAAUACAGAUGACAGCAAACUGAUUUCUUGUGGCACAGAUGGUGCUGUAUAUGAAUGGAAUCUGUCCACAGGAAAGAGAGAGACAGAAUGUGUGCUCAAGUCCUGCAGUUACAACUGUGUUGCCAUCUCCCCUGAUGGCAAAAUCAUCUUUGCUGUUGGUUCAGACCAGACUCUCAAGGAGAUCGCAGAUUCUUCAGUCCUUCGAGAGAUGUCAGCAUUUGAUGUCACCUACACAGCCGUCGUCAUCUCCCAUUCCGGACACAUGAUGUUCGUGGGCACCUCGGUGGGAACCAUUCGUGCGAUGAAGUACCCGCUGCCUCUGCAGAAAGAAUUCAACGAGUACCAGGCCCAUUGCGGUCCUAUCACCAAGAUGUCGCUCACCUUUGAUGACCAGUUCCUGCUGAGCGUCGCCGAGGAUGGCUGCCUGUUCACCUGGAAGGUCUUUGAUAAGGAUGGUCCGGGAAUCAAGCGAGAGAGGGAGGUGGGCUUUGCUGAAGAGGUGCUGGUUACCAAGACGGACAUGGAAGAGAAGGUUCAGAUUAUGUUGGAGCUGAAGACUCGUGUGGAAGAAUUAAAAAUGGAGAAUGAGUAUCAACUUCGACUAAAGGAUAUGAACUAUUCUGAGAAGGUUAAGGAACUAACAGACAAGUUCCUCCAGGAAAUGGAGUCCUUGGAAAUGAAAAACCAGGUUUUAAGAGCAGAAAAAGAAAAGCAGGAUGCACUCCAUCGUGAACGCAUGGAAGACCUCCUGGAAAAACAGAGCCGGGAACUGCAGGACUUGGAAUGUUGCAACAACCAAAAGUUGCUUCUAGAAUAUGAGAAGUACCAGGAGUUGCAGCUCAAGUCCCAGAGGAUGCAGGAAGAGUAUGAGAAACAGCUUCGGGAUAACGAUGAGACCAAGAGCCAGGCCCUGGAGGAGCUGACUGAGUUUUACGAGACCAAACUGCAGGAGAAAACCACCCUCCUGGAAGAGGCCCAGGAGGCUGUCAGGCAGCAGCUGCGCGAGUUUGAAGAGACCAAGAAGCAGAUCGAAGAAGAUGAAGACCGUGAGAUCCAAGAUAUCAAAACCAAGUAUGAGAAGAAGCUUCGGGAUGAAAAGGAAUCAAACCUGCGGCUCAAAGGAGAAACGGGCAUCAUGAGGAAGAAGUUCAGCAGCCUGCAGAAAGAGAUUGAAGAGCGAACCAACGACACUGAGAUUCUGAAGGGAGAACAGGUGAAGCUGCAAGGAGUCAUCAAAUCCCUGGAGAAGGACAUCCUGGGUCUCAAGCAGGAGAUCCAGGAAAGAGACGAGACGAUUCAGGAUAAGGAGAAGCGAAUCUAUGACCUGAAAAAGAAAAAUCAAGAACUAGAGAAAUUCAAGUUUGUGCUUGACUACAAAAUAAAGGAGCUGAAGAAGCAAAUAGAACCUCGAGAGAAUGAGAUCAAGGUGAUGAAGGAACAGAUUCAAAAGAUGGAAACUGAACUGGAGCAUUUCCAUAAGCAGAACACACAGCUGGAGCUGAACAUCACAGAAUUGUGGCAGAAAUUAAGAGCUACUGAUCAGGAGAUGCGCAGAGAGAGACAAAAGGAGCGGAACUUGGAGGCUCUGGUCAAACGGUUUAAGAUGGACCUUCACAACUGUGUGGCCUACAUCCAAGAACCCCGGCAGCUGAAGGAGAAGUUUCGCGCUCUCUUUGAGAAGUACGUGCAGCGGGCAGACAUGGUAGAGAUCACAGGGCUGAACUCGGACCUGCAGCAGGAGUACACCCGUCAGCGGGAGCACCUGGAGAGGAGCCUGGCCACCCUCAAGAAGAAGGUGGUCAAGGAGAGUGAGCUGCACCGCGCGGAUUACGUCCGCAUCAUGCAGGAAAAUGUCUCCCUGAUCAAGGAGCUUAAUGAGCUCCGCAGAGAGCUGAAGUUCACCCGCUCCCAAGUCUAUGACCUUGAAGCAGCCCUGAAACUGACCAAGAAAAUUCAACCACAAGACGUUCCAGAGACAGUGUCCGGCAAAGACUUACCAGGCUUGCCUCCCACCAUGAGACUGAAUGAGCAAGAAGAAACUGGGAGAAUCAUUGAGAUGCAGCGCCUGGAGAUCCAGCGCCUCAGAGACCAGAUCCAAGAGCAAGAGCAGGUCCCAGGCUUCCACCCCUUCACUGGGAUGCGGCUGCCUUCCCUCCUGGGGGCAGAAGCAGACUUAAAACUGCAGACCAAGUGACCCACUCUGGUGAGCCGUCUCCAGCCACGCCGGAAGAAGCACGGUGCUCCC